GGAACAUAGUUGACCGAAGUCAAGGUCGUUGUUCAAGUCUAGCUUUGUGCUCUUCACCUCUUCUAUAAUUUCUCCUCUUCUUCCGUUUGUUGUUUGAGAGAAGGAAAAAGCUGCUGCUAUGGCUUUGCCCUUUAAUCCUCCUUGUUUCUUCUCCUUUCUCCUUCCCUUAAUGGCCGCCUUUUACUUUGUUCAUGGCGAGGCUGAGUUCCUAUCAAAUUGUACCAAGGAAUUCUCCUGUGGAAAUUUGGGUUUUCUGGAGUUCCCUUUUGGUAAACACACGCAGCCUCAUUGUGGUUUAGUGGCAGUUAAUUGUGAUACAACACCCCCAACUGUGCAGUUGGGAACAGGAGGAGAUUGGUAUCAGCUUCAACUUGUAUUGGAUUUCAGGGGUACGUAUGCGAUCAACCUUGGAGACUCGAAGCUUCAGAAAACCUUUGAGAGCCAUAAUUACUCAAAUUUAAACUACACCCUCCACUUUCACAAUUCUCCUUCUAUCACAUUCCUCAAUUGGGAUGCACACUUAUUGAACACCUAUUUUAUAUGCAAUGACAGUCGUCAAGCUAAGGAUGUAGGCAAUUAUGAAAGGUAUACGUGUACUGAAGGACGUAGUUUGUACUACAAACGUCACUUGCCACAGAAUAACCCCAAAUGUGAUGCUGUUAAGUGUACCCUGUAUCCAUCUCCAUUUGUUAUUCAACAAACAAAUGAUGGCUUAACUGCUCAUCUUGUAUUGCGCUUAGAAGUCUCAAAAACUUGCCAUGAUUGUUACAAUGGAGGAGGGCAAUGCACAAAAGACAGCAAGAACAAUUUUCGCUGUGCACGAGGUAACCACCCCACAGGAAAUACAAGCAAGCACAAGCUAAUUCCAAUCAUAGUUUCAGGUGCUUUAGCACUGAUCAUUGUAAGUAUGGCUAUCGUUCUUGUCUGGCAACGCAAGCAAGGAAGAAAAGGCUACUCGAGAAAUACAUCUUCGGAUCCCACCUCAGAUCUUGAGAGGGGUCGCAGUAGGCUCUUUGGAAUUCUAGUCUUCUCCUACUCCGAACUUGAAGAAGCCACAAACAAUUUUCAUCCUUCUAAAGAACUUGGAGAUGGAGCUUUUGGCACUGUUUACUAUGGGAUACUUGGGGAUGGAAGAGAAGUUGCUGUGAAGCGCCUUCAUGAGCGCAGCUGCAAGAGAAUGGAGCAGUUUGCAAAUGAAAUCUCAAUCCUCACCAGGCUAAGGCACCAAAAUCUGGUUACAUUAUAUGGAUGCUCAUCAAGGCAAAACCGUGAAUUCCUCCUUGUAUAUGAAUAUAUCCCGAAUGGAACACUUGCAGAUCACCUGCACGGCAAAAGAGCAGCAGAUCAACUUCUCACGUGGCCAAUCCGCAUGAAGAUUGCAGUGGAAACUGCUGCAGCAUUGGCUUAUCUCCACGCUUCAGACAUAAUACACCGCGAUGUGAAGACUAGUAACAUACUUCUUGACAACAAUUUCUGCGUCAAAGUGGCAGAUUUUGGGCUCUCGAGACUCUUCCCUGCUAAUGUCACUCAUUACACCACUACACCUCAAGGAACACCUGGAUACGUUGAUCCAGAUUAUCACGAGUGUUAUCGGCUCACUUAUAAGAGUGAUGUUUAUAGCUUUGGGGUUGUUCUUAUCGAACUCUUAUCAUCAAUGCCUGCUCUGGACAUACAUAGGCAUACAGACGAGAUCCAUUUGGCAAAACUAGCAAUGAGCAAGAUUCUUACAGGAGCAUUUGAUGAACUCAUUGAUUCCUCUCUGGGAUAUGAGAAUGAUACCGAAAUCAAUAGAAUGGCGACUUCAGUGGCAGCGCUAGCUUUUCAAUGCUUGCAACCUGACAAGGAUAUGAGGCCCACAAUGGAACAUGUUUUGGAGUCGCUAAAGGAGAUUCAAGGCAAUGAGUUGAGCAACGAGGGUGAAUUGUGAGGAAACUAAUUAAUGUGUCUAAAGAAGAGGUAAGAUCUCCAUGCCAGCUUAUCAAAAUCAGUAAAUGUUAAGUGGAUUAGUAGCUCUGCUACAUCUAUCUAGUAAAUGGAGCUGUGCAUUUUACCAAAUGCUUGUAAAAUCAUGUGAUAUUUUAGGCCAUUAAUUUGUUGCUUUGAAGCAUGUUGCAGCUACCAAGUGCAGCUGUUGAAGUCACUGGAACUGGCAAUUGCCUUCUGACUAUAUGGGAUUUGUAACAUAGUAUUUUAUUUCAUUUUCUUAUCAAACUAGCUUAUGAUUAUUGUACCUAUACUAGUGUUUCCUAACCUAUAAAUGAAACUACCACUUCUAUU